AAGAAACCGGGCUUCUACGCCGUCGCGAAAGGGCACAACCCCGGGGUGUACUUGACAUGGGACGAAUGCUCCCCGCAGGUGAUGGGCUUCCCUGGCUCGACGUACAAGAAGUUCACGAACGCCGCGGAGGCGGAGGCGUGGGUCGCGUCUGCCGCAGAGGGCUCUUCAGCCGCGCACACUUCUGCGCCAGCAAGCUCUCGAUCUCUGACGGCGGCAGCCACACGAGCAUCUUCAUCGACUACGGCGCGUACCAUCGCAAAACUUCCCUCUUCGCCGCCUUCUCCCGCAAAGCCGCGCUCCUCCACCAAGCCCGUUUCCGCUAGCGCGGAGCCGGUGGCAAAACGGAAGCGGAGUCUGGCCGGUCAGCCUGUAGAAGACGAAUCGGGUUGGUUGAUUGUGUACUCCGAUGGUGCCUGUAAAGGUAAUGGUAAGGUGGGAUCCGUUGCAGGCGUUGGUGUCUGGUGGGGCCAAAAACGCUGUCCGGGGGUGCAAACGAACAACCGCGCAGAGCUUAUUGCCAUCGUGCGCGUACUCGAGACCGCGCCUCACGACAAGCGUCAGCUAUUGAUCAAGACGGAUUCGCAGUACAGCAUCAACUGCUUCCAGACUUGGCUGCCAGGCUGGAUAGCGAAGGGGUGGAGGAACUCAAAGGGCGAGCCUGUGAAGAAUAGGCAGCUGAUCCAAUACUUGUCGGCACUCCUCGACCAGCGCGCUCUGGAGGGGCAGAAAGUGCGUCUGCAAUACGUGCGCGGGCACGCAGGCGAGGAGGGCAACGAAGGCGCGGACUUCCUCGCAAACGUAGGCGUGACGCGGCCAGAGCUCGCGGAGCGCAAUUGGGACGCGUUGCGCCUCUCCGUUCAGAGCGCGCCCGUAGUGGACCCUGACCGCAUCAUGUUCGCUGCGCCCGAGGUCAUCGUGCCACCGGAGGCCAAGAAAGAGUUCACGGAGUCGUCGCAGAAGUUGUUCAGCGCAGACGUAGACGCACCUAUCAGUAGUGCAGAGCUUGAGGCAUAUGCAUCGGGCCUCGUUGAGGACGAUGAUCUGUUGUGGGACCUGGAAGAUGAUAUCUAACCACCUGUCGAUGACCGCGCCUUCAGUUUGUGCUCCAAAUCCUGAUUAUCUUGAUGUAUUACUAUCGCAAGUUACUCACACCUGUAUGUAUAAAGAGCACCACGAAUUCAACAGGAA